AUGGUAACAAAAGAAGCAGCUAUGUCUUUCUCGCAAUUUGGAUACCCAUACAAUGCAUCUUCACAGUUUUUCGUGUCGGCAAACCCCAGUACGACUUGCUGCGAUUCGAUUUCCAGGUCGGUGUCUGACGGGACGGCGGGAGGCUCCCAGACCGCCGCUGCCGCCGCCGCCUCCUUCUGCUGCCCGUCCUACGAGAACCGGCUCCUGGCGAGCAGCCGCACGGAGCUCAACGCGGCGCUGGGGAUGUACGGCUCCCCUUACGCCGCCGCGGCCGCCGCCAGCCAGAACUACGCCAACUACUUCCCCUACAGCGCCGACCCAUCCGCCAUCUACUCCUCUCUGAAUCCACAGUAUGACAUCAAGGACAGCACAGCCACUUUACACUCUGGCAUCACUCAGACCGCUGCAUACUACCCAUAUGAUCCUUCACUGGGACAGUAUCAAUACGACAGGUACGGGACAGUCGACUUUAAUGGCACGGCCAGACGAAAGAAUGCGACUCGCGAAACCACCAGCACUCUGAAAACAUGGUUGUAUGAGCACCGCAAGAACCCCUACCCCACUAAGGGAGAGAAGAUCAUGCUGGCCAUCAUCACCAAGAUGACCCUCACCCAGGUGUCCACCUGGUUCGCCAACGCCAGGAGGAGACUAAAGAAGGAGAACAAGAUGACCUGGUCACCAAAGAAUAAGGCCAGUGAUGACAGGAAGGACGACGUGAAAAGCGACCAAGACUGCGUCACCAAAGAUUCUAGUGAUUGCAAGGAUGAAAAGGAUCUGCAUCUGAGUGAUCUGGACGACAUGGACGGAGAUGACUGUGACAAGCUGGACAGUGACUCUGAAAAGGGAGCUGCAGACGAGCAGGACCUCCGAAGGGCCAUGGCAGUGUCCGGAGUCCCUCAAAAAAGAGACUGCAGCUCUGAGCUGCAUUUGAGUUUAGCCAACAGCUUCCACGCAUUCCCCUGCGCCAUCAAAGGCCUCACCUCUCUUCCUCCUCUCCCAUCCGACUUCCUGGAUCCCGUGGAGUCCAAGGCACCCUCCUCGACCGGCCCCUCGGCAGGAACCAUGUCCCUGUCCCACUUUGAGGCAUCGGACAAGCCGCGGAUCUGGUCUCUGGCUCGCACGGCGGCCUCAGGGGUCAUACUGAGCCCUCAGCAGCACGGCUCUGAGCUGAGGACAGGCAGCUCAAUCGGGGACUGCCAGCUCCAGAGCACCAGGCUUCCGAUCGGACAGUGUGGGGGUAUGAGAGGCCUCCAUGAAGCCAUCAGCGUCACCACUGCUGAGAGCCCCUUCUCUGAGGGCUCAUCCUUGCACUCGAAAGUCUACGGCACUGGCAGCUACAGUCACAAGGGCCUCCAACUGCACUGCUCAUCCUAUGCUGCACUCCAAGACACAUGUCAAUACUCCUCCAUUGAAGGAUUCUCUGGUGGCAAAGCAGAGACGCAGUCGUCGGACCUCAGCGAAGCCUGUGGGACCGUGCAGGAUGACAAGGUCACUGCAUUCAGGACGGUAAUGAAGAGGUGA